UUACGCAGGCGGAACGGGGGAAGGGAGAGGGAGUAAACUGUUACCACGUGACGCUCGGGUCAGGUGGUUGGGCCAGCCUCCGCGCUGGAGCUGUGAUUGGCUGACUCUAAUAACAAGACGCCACUAGGGGCGGGCCGAAGACGAGCGCAAGCGCACUGCGUUGUGAGUCUCGGGACCCCUGUCGGAGAGACUAUGGCGCUCAACAAGAAUCACUCGGAGGGCGGCGGAGUGAUCGUCAACAACACCGAAAGCAUCCUCAUGUCCUAUGAUCAUGUGGAACUCACAUUCAAUGACAUGAAGAACGUGCCAGAAGCCUUCAAAGGGACCAAGAAAGGCACCAUCUACCUUACCCCUUACCGGGUCAUCUUUCUGUCCAAGGGGAAGGAUGCCAUGCAGUCCUUCAUGAUGCCAUUCUAUCUCAUGAAAGACUGUGAGAUCAAGCAGCCCGUGUUUGGUGCAAACUACAUUAAGGGAACAGUGAAAGCCGAAGCGGGAGGUGGCUGGGAAGGCUCUGCUUCCUACAAGCUGACCUUCACGGCAGGGGGCGCCAUAGAGUUCGGACAGCGGAUGCUCCAGGUGGCAUCUCAAGCCUCCAGAGGUGAAGCCCCCAAUGGAGCCUAUGGCUACUCUUACAUGCCCAGCGGGGCCUAUGUCUAUCCCCCGCCAGUCGCCAAUGGAAUGUAUCCCUGCCCUCCUGGCUACCCCUAUCCACCGCCCCCGCCUGAGUUCUAUCCAGGACCUCCCAUGAUGGAUGGGGCCAUGGGAUAUGUGCAGCCCCCACCACCGCCCUACCCCGGGCCCAUGGAGCCUCCGGUCAGCGGCCCUGAUGUCCCCUCCACCCCUGCAGCUGAAGCCAAGGCCGCCGAAGCCGCCGCCAGCGCCUAUUACAACCCAGGCAACCCUCAUAACGUCUACAUGCCCACGAGCCAGCCACCGCCACCUCCCUACUACCCACCGGAAGAUAAGAAGACCCAGUAGGCCCUCCUGCCUCCCUGCCUCCCACCCUCAUCUCUCUAUCCUACCCCUCCCAUCAGGGCUGCACUGGGGUUGGAGGAGGGAGGGGGUGCCUUGUUGUCCCUCCAGGUCUGAUCAUAAACAAUUACCAGGAACUAUCGCUGGACAUUAAGGCCCCUGGCCUCAGGAGAGGCGCCACCCAGCUUCCCAUGCCAGCCCGGAGCCCAUGACGCUGCCCAGUGUGCCCCCUCACCAUCUGGGGUUCUCCUGGGAGCACAGGGCAUCCCCUGUUCCUGUUUCAUAGCUUCUCCCCUCAAAGGGACUCUCUGGCCACCACCUCCGCUGCAGUCCAGCUCCCUCAGUCUGUCAGCCACUGCUAUACUCAGCCUCACGAGCCACUUCAGACCAGCCAGGCAUCUUCCCGGGCUGCCAGGCCCCGCUCACAUUCCCUCCGCUGGUCUGUGCUGGUCUCAGAAGGUCACCAUGCUCUCAUUCCACUCAGCCACCCUCCCUUCCCUUCCCUGUCCUGCGUCAUGCUGUUGCCACCUGUGUGACUUUUGAAGCUGUAAAAUGAGCUCCCAGGCUUGGGUGGUGUUGGGGCGGGGCCGCUGAGGCUGGAAGGAAGCCCUUCUGCUUUCUGCUGGUGUUUCUGGAAUUUGCAUUCCCUCCCCUGUCACCUCCCUCUAGAAGGGGCUUCCUGACUGCAACUGGAGAAUGCAUGUCUGUCCACUUGGGGGCUGCUGGGUGGGCGGGGAACAAGGGCCCCCGACCCCGCAAGCCGCCCGGGACCUGCCGCUGGCCGCCAGCCUGCUUCUCCCCCGGAAGCUUUGUUCGUGCCCCUGGAUGCGCUAACACUUGCUCUUGUUUGUUCCUGGACCGGCCGUGAAGUGAGGAGAUGGUUAUUUAAAGAGAAUUCCCUAUUUAUUUGACAAAAAAUCCAGUUAAUAUAUUAAUGUGAAAUAAACCCUGUUUGCACCUUG